AGUAACGUUACGUUCGUCUGAACUUGCGCGAGCUCUCUCCGAGUGUGGACCGGAGUCCGUCGGGCAUCAUGUCCAACAAUAACGCGAGCAGCUGCAGUGUGGCUGGGGCGCAGAGAGCCGUCAAACAGCUCAGACUGGAGGCCAAAAUACGACGAAUUAACGUUUCUCAAGCUGCCACAGACCUGAAGAACUUCUGCCUGCAGAACGCCCAUAAAGACCCGCUGCUGUUGGGCGUGCCCUCCAGCGACAACCCCUUCCGGCCGCCCAAGUCCUGCGGCCUCCUCUGAACAACUCCUGUCUGAUCACACAUAGAGCUGGUGAAGUGUUGCAGAUGAUGGGGCUGCCUUCAAGUGUCUGUUUCUAUCUUUACACUACUCCAUAAAGACCUCCUGAAACACUACAAACACUACUCGGCAGAGCAAGAAAAGAAAUAUUUCCCCUGUAUUAAUUUCCCUCAAACUCAUUUCAUAUCUGCACAGUUGCUGUCUAUUUUAAUUAACUUUAUUAAUGCUGAAUUUACACGGUAUGGUACAGUCAACUGUAAAAGCGAUGACACCCCCAUGUUUUCAAAGUAAAUUUAUGUACAAAACACUAUUUUAUUUGUAAUGCAUAUUUUAUAAAAACAAAAAGAUGAAGAUUGUAAGUUUUCCCUUGUUUACGUGGAAGGAAUGGACAAAUUAAACUAUUAGAAUAUUUUUCUACUGUAGUCUUUUACUAAUUUAUGGCCAGCAAGAUUUGGUUUGAAGGUCAUUUGUAAACACUGUUAGAUGUCUUCCUCGCUCAUCUGAGGUCUGGACUAAUGAGCUGAUGAGUUGAGUCAGCUGUGUUUGAUGAGGAAGACGUUCAAUAUGUGCUCUGUUGAGGAAACCUUGAUUACCUACUUAAUGAACAUGUUCAAAUUCUAGUUUCACUGACUUUUUGCUUAACUGACUUUAAAAAAAUAA